CAUUCCCAGGUGAGGACCUCUUCUCUGUCAUACUAACUUUAAGCCAAAGAGAAGGUGGGGAGGAGGAUCUGUGUGUCAGCCAGUGAGUGCCAGGACUUUGCAUGGAUCUCUGCUCUUUCCUCAGUGUCUGUGAGAACAGCAGCAUGUAUUCUGAUGAUAGGUGACAAUGAUCUGCCACUAUCCCCCACAUCCACUCAUCACAGGAGGAGGAAUAACCAGAGACCCUGCCUGCCUUGUUGUGCUUGCAAUGAGCUGGGAUUGACUUGGAGCAGUUGUGGAGCUGCUGGUACUGAGAGCUGUUUGGCAUCAUUUGCAUUACUAGCCUGGACCUGCAGGAGCUAUGCAUCUGGACUUCAGGAGCUGGGUACUGGCCACUGUCACCUUGUUGGUGGUCUUCCUCAUCUUGGCGGAUAUAUCUGAGCUGGAGGAAGAAAUCGGGAGCACUGGAGGAAGAGGUACAAUCAGAUCAGCUGUGGAAAGCUUACAUAGCAAAUCUAAUAGAGCGGGAUUAUCAAUAAACGACUCAAGUAUUCCAGCUGUUACAAACAGAAGCAAUGAAAGCGUCAAAUUACAUCUGAAACCAGCAACAGUGAAAUGGAGACACAAUGAGACACUGACAAUGAAGAUCAGGAAGCAAAUUUUGCAUUUCCUGGAUGCUGAAAGGGACAUAUCGGUUCUAAAAGGGACUCUGAAACCAGGAGAUAUUAUACAUUAUAUAUUUGACCGAGACAGCACCAUGAAUAUAUCUAAGAACCUGUAUCAGCUGUUGCCAAGAACUUCCCCAUUGAAAAACAAAAACUUCAAGACGUGCGCUAUUGUGGGAAACUCUGGCAUUUUACUCAACAGUGGCUGCGGAAAAGAAAUUGAUGCACAUGACUUUGUCAUAAGAUGUAACUUGGCACCAGUUGAAGAAUUUGCAAGUGAUGUUGGUAUGAAGACACAUUUGGUAACUAUGAACCCAUCUGUGGUGCAACGUGCAUUUGAGGACCUUGUGAAUGACACGUGGAAGGAUAAAUUUUUGCAGCGUCUGAAAAGCUUGAAUGAAAGCAUCCUAUGGAUUCCAGCAUUCAUGGCUAAAGGAGGAGAGGAGCGAGUGGAAUGGGUUAAUGACCUUAUUAUAAAACACCAUAUCAACGUACACACAGCCUACCCUUCUCUACGUCUCCUCCAUGCUGUCAGAGGGUAUUGGUUAACCAACAAGGUGCACAUAAAAAGACCUACUACAGGAAUCCUAAUGUACACAUUGGCAACUCGUUUCUGUAACAGAAUUGACUUAUAUGGCUUUUGGCCUUUCUCGAGGGAUCUCCACCAGAACCCUGUAAAAUAUCACUACUAUGACAGUCUAAAAUAUGGAUACACGUCACAGGCAGGUCCACAUGCAAUGCCACUGGAAUUUAAAGCCUUGAAAAAUCUACAUCUACAGGGGGCUUUGAAACUUACAGUUGGUAAAUGUGAAUCAGCCACAUAGCAUCUCAUUCUGAGCUUUCCUUCGUAAAACACAAAUCAGUUGGACAAGGAUAGGAGGAUGUCAGUGAUAUUGUCAAGAUUUUAUUGAGUUGAAAAAGUUUUGUUGGCUUUACAUAUGGAAACGAAAAAGAAUCAUCCUAAAGGGAGAUCAGAUAUGUAAGACAACUAGACACUUCUAGCUUGGAAUCUAUGUGUCACAGUAUGGUGGAGCACACAAUCCAUGCUAUUUGCCUUUUUACCGUGAAAGAGUAGUACUAGUAACACAAUACAAACCCUAUCUGAGAGGAAGAUACUUUUGGUGCUAUCACUAUACAUGAAGAUUGUCUGUAAUUUGGAUUUACUUCUUCCUCCUGCCAUUUGUGGAAACACUUUGUCGAUUAUGAUGGUCUUUCUUGAUCGAGAGGAUGGCACUCACUCCUAUCCAGCAGAUGUAACCAAAUUGCAUCAACAAUAUUCCUGUUUAUUAGGAACACAGUGCUAUUGAUGUCUUAGGAUAAUUGUUCAAGUUUGUUGCAAUGAAAUAUGAGCCUCAGAUGUUUCUAGUACUGCUUCCAGCAAGUGCUGGUUUGUGCCUAUAACUACAAUUCAACUAUUCAUAUCAAAGAAAAUGAUCAGAUGUACAACCAUAUCAUAAUAUUUGCAUUUGGAGUAGAAACUAUACAUACAGGCUUUAUAUAAUGCAUAUGUGACUGUAUUUUGAUGUGUACAAAAAAAAAAAAAAAAAGAUAAUGUUCACCAGUCAGGAAAUAGCACAUUCAUUUAUAUAUAACACUAUGUUAUAAUCAUCUCAUUGUUCAUAAAAAUAGGUGACAAACAAUUGUCCUGUGAGGUCUGAGUAUUUAUACUAGAAAACAGUAUUCUGGUAGUAAAGAUUUGAGGUCAUUUGUGAGUUAAACCUUUCAAAGAUCUAAAAAUAAUAAUGUGACUGAUACUUACACCAGUUCAAGUGUUCCGUGUUUGGGGUCCAGUGUAGCCAAAUAAAGUAUAAAUUAUACAUAGUGUCAAAAACCAUAUUGACUUUGUAAAGAUCUUUAAUAUGUUCCGAAUUUGUUUUGUAUUCAAAUGGUCAUUGCUCAUGGCUAGUUCAGUCGGGUUCAGUCUGUUACUUUAGUGUGGAGAUGGGUAGUAAGAGGUGUAUUGUAAUAUGUGUGAUACCAGGUUAUUUGUGGUCAAUACUGUUCGUGAUUCUAGAAAAGUAAAGGACAACUAAAGCACUGCCAUAAUAUCUUCUCCAGAACCUCUGGGCCAACAGACUGAUUCUGAAACAGAAAAACAGCUUGGAAACGCUUUUGCUAAUAGAAAUUUCACAACUUUCCAAUGAUGUGGUGACACAAAACUCAUUUACUGGGAGGAUUUCAUCUGUUUUAUUAACACAAUGCUUACAUUCUCUAAGCUACGGGGAAAUAAAUUUUAAUUGCUGAAGAAACAAGAAAGAGGGUGUUAUCGGGAGAGUCCUUACGUUACAGACAGACCUCUUAUUCCAUCUCAAGUACUGAUUGCCGGGGAAAGUUCUGUUCUGCUAAGUAUUAAAUGUAAGAGUAUUAUAAUGAUUCAUGGCACAGGGAACGGACCUCAGUUUGGUUUUGUAGUGUCUGGAACCAUAUACACAAUUUACCAUGGAUACUUUUAUGAAUGAAUAAAUAAAUGUAAAGACGGGAAAAUAAGUAAAAUAUUUCCUCCUUUUUUAUCUUUUUUCUUGAGCACUCCGGGGGUCAUAUUCAAAACUCUUCACGUCAAAAACUUUGCGUUUCGCACAAAAGAAAUUUCCAUCAGACAUUCAAAGUGUUUAACAUGAGAGUGAUCUAAUGUUUACACUAGUCACACCAGUUUUGCAAAAGUAGGCGUGGUUAUGUAAAUUUCCUGUUUUACAUGAUAUUUUCAAAGGAGUCCAUUUUACAUCAAAAUUUCACAUUACCUCUUUGCUAAUGUAUAAAUCACAGAAAUGGUUGAAGUGUAUUUGUUCUUGUUUUUUCUUUCUUUUUUUUUAAAAUGUGUUAUUUAAUUAAUCAUUAAAAAAUAAAUAAUUAUUAUUGGAAAAUGUUAA